AUGCCGAGUCUUCCCUUCAUCGGCUCCGGCCGCAUUCAGCUACCGAUCGUCAAUGGUAGCCACAAGAUCCAGCUGGCCCGUCUGAGCCAUGUUUACUGCUCCCACCCCAACCUCGACGAAUUUGACCGAUUCGCCAAAGACUUUGGGUUCGUGGAAGAAGCCAGAGACAAGGACACUGUCUAUUAUAGGGGCUACGGAAAAGAUUUAUCCUGCUACGCCGUCGAAUUGAGCGGCAACUCGCCGGUUAGGGAUAAUGCAGGCCCUGCCGGUGGUCGUAUCGUCACCCUUUCCUCUCCGUCAGGCACCAAGAUCCACGUCGUCUGGGGAAUGAAGGAGCGCCCCGCGCCCACAGUCGCAGUCUCUGAAACCGAGGUGGAAGGUGGAAGCGCCAACACCGCGCUGAACAAAACCAGGAAAGGCCAUUUUCUCCGAUUCAAGCUCGGCCCAGCCAUGGUGCACAAGCUCGGACACUACGGCUUCGUCACGUCCAUGUUCGAUGAAGAUGUCGAGUUUUACACGCGCUUCUUCAACUUUGUGCCCUCAGACGUCUUGUGGGAAGAUGUGGACGGCAACGAAGUGGAUGCCUUGACAUUUAUGCAUCUCGACCAAGGCGAGGACUACAGCGAUCACCACACCUUGUUCCUUGCCCGUGCGCCCGCCGGCUUCCCCGUCCCACACCAGAUCCACCACUGCUCGUUCGAGGUGGAGGACUUCGACACGCAGCUUCUGGGCCAUGAGUAUCUCUUAAGCAAGUCGUACACCCCCGUUUGGGGCGUAGGGCGACACAUCUAUGGAUCCCAAAUCUUUGACUACUGGAAGGAUCCCAGCGGGUUCACCAUUGAACAUUAUGCAGAUGGCGACUUGGUGAACAAGGAUAAUCCUACCGGACGGGCGAAGAGCGAUGGUCCGGCGUCGAUGUAUAUCUGGGGUCCAGUGAGGCCCGAGGAUGGUGUGAUUUAA